UCCUUCUAUUCUAAAUUUGAUGAUGGCGAAAGAAGGGGCCAUUGCCAUCCACGAACCCAACUACCGCUACGAUGUUUUUCUCAGUUUUAGGGGCUCAGAUACCCGCCGCACCUUCACUGGUAAUCUCUAUAAUGCUUUGCGCCUCAAGAGAUUCAAGACCUUCAUGGAUGAGGGUGGAUUGAAGAGUGGCGACCCAAUCGCAUCCUCUAUUCUCGAAGCAGUCGAAGACUCAAGGAUUUCCAUUGUUGUUCUUUCCAAGUACUAUGCAUAUUCCUCGUGGUGUCUUGAGGAACUAGUCAAGAUCCUUGACUGUAAGAAGGAGAAGAACCAACUGGUUUUGCCAAUCUUCUACGAUGUGGAUCCCUCCGAUGUAAGGCGUCAGAGAGGUGCGUAUGGAGAAGCCAUGGCUCGACAUGAAGAUCGGUCCCGAAAGGACUCUGAGAAAGUACGGAGAUGGAGGUCAGCUUUGUCUGAAGUCAGCAACUUGUCUAGAUUCGAUAAUCGCCAGUAUGGCUACGAUUAUGAACUUAUCCAAAAGAUUGUGGAAGGAGUCACCCGAAGCUUGCCCCGCUACGAUGUUUUUCUCAGUUUUUGUGGAGAAGAUACCCGCUACUCCUUUACAGGUUUUCUCUAUGAUGCUUUGUGCCAGGAGGGAUUCAAUACCUUCAUGAAUGAUGAGCGAUUGAAGGAUGGGGACCAACUUUCAGAAUCUCUUAAUGCAAUUGAAAAAUCAAGGCUUUCAAUCAUUGUUUUUUCUCAAAAUUAUGCAUGUUCCUCCUUGCGUCUUGAUGAACUUGUCAUGAUCCUUGACUGUAUGAAGAUGAAAAACGGAUUGGUCUGGCCAAUCUUUUACAAAGUGGAACCCUCGGAUAUAAGGCACCAAAGAAAUAAUUAUGGCAAAGCCAUGGAAACACAUGAAAAUAGGAUCGGAAAGGAUUCCAAGAAGGUGCAGGAAUGGAGGCUAGCUUUGUCUCAAGUUGCCAACUUGAAAGGAUGGCACUUGAAAUUCGGGUACGAAUAUGAACUUGUCAAAAAAAUUGUGGAUAUUGCCAUUAAAAUUUCAAAUGGCUAGUACAUACCAAGUCCUCGUCGAUGUGAGAACUGAUAAAUUCAACAGGCGGUCGCCGGUUCAGAAAUGGGAAGAUGUUUUAGACGCGUGUCAUGUACUUAGGAUAAUAGCAGAUGGCCAUUAGCUAUUUAGCUAGAGGCUUGAAAUACUCGAAGUCGCAACACAUUCUCAGAAGGAUCCCUCUAGUCAUUUCCGCUUUCAUUUAGCAAUUUUACCAAUUUACUUCAAGAUUAACUCAGAUUCUUCAUCUUUAUUUAUUUUAUUUUGCCCUUACUCCCUAUUUUU